AUGAGUUCUGUGAAUAUUGAACAGGCCCCAAAGGGCACAAAGCUGUGGCUACUUCACCUUGGAUAUGUCGAAGCAGACGAGGGGUUCUUCCUCGCAGGGGCCGGUACUUCGACUAUGAGCAACCCAAAUCGCGAGAACCCACGGCGCAAGCUUGUUCUUACAUCUGCACUUAUUGACCAUCCCGUCGAGGGUCUCAUCCUGUUUGAGACUGGACCUGGCGAAGCAUACCCCGAGGUUUGGGGGCCGCCUAUCAAUGACAUAUUUGGGCGGGUUGACUAUUCUCCAGAGCACGAACUCGAAGCAGCUCUCGCCAAGUCCGGUCAUUCGAUCAAAGAUAUCAAAGCUGUGGUUAUGGGACAUCUUCACAUCGACCAUGCGGGCGGGCUUGAGAAAUUCAGUGGGACUGAUGUCCCGAUCUAUGUCCACGAGGAAGAGCUGAAGCACGCAUUUUACAGCGUGGCCACCAAGUCGGAUGCAGGCGUCUAUCAUGGCAAAGAUCUUGACACCAAGUUGAAUUGGACAGCCAUCCAUGGGGAGUCAUUUGAGCUUGCCCAGGGUAUUACUCUGCGGCAUGCUCCCGGCCAUACUCCAGGGCUGAUCCUGAUGCAGGCCAACCUUCCCGACAGUGGGACAUGGCUUUUUACUACCGACCAAUACCAUGUCAGCGAGAAUUACGAACAAUCCAUUCCGCAUGGCUGGCUUGCUCGAGACUAUCACGCUUGGAUCAAGACGCAUCAGAUGGUGAAGACCAUCGCAAAGAGAACAAACGCGAAUCUGGUGUUCGGACACGAUUUGGGGAACUUUUUCCAGUAUGAACAUGCACCUCAUACGUACAUCUAG